AAGUAGCCGAGCGGUGCAGCACUGCUGUAGUGUUUCUACAGAGACGCAGUAAUUCAGUGUUUCAGUCUUUUAGAGAUUAGACAUGUCUCUGAGUGUUUAUGAUGAUGUGAUUGGAUUUGAGGAGAUGAACAGAGGAGAUAAAGUGGAGAUGGUGGUGGAUAUCUACGAGAGUGCAGACGCUGUUAGAGGUCAUGACCCCAGCACAGAGAUGGAGGACACCAACACAAUGAGGAUCCUGAAGACACAACAAGCAGAGAGUCGCUCUGCAGGAAGCAGACGCUACAGACUGGCUGCAGUGGGACUGGGUCUGCUGUGUGUUCUCCUGCUGACUGCCAUCACAGUGCUGUGGAUCCAGUUCAACCACCUGACUGCAGAGAGAGACCAGUUACAGACCAGUAACACCAACCUGACUGCAGAGAGAGACCAGUUACAGACCAGUUACACCAACCUGACUGCAGAGAGACACCAGUUAUCUGAAUUGUAUGUUCUUUCAGAUAAAGCAGUUAGAGACGGGUGGAUCUACUUCAACUCCAGUCUUUACUACGUCUCUAGUGAGUGGAAGAGCUGGACUGAGAGCAGAAACGACUGCAGAAAGAGAGGAUCAGACCUGGUGAUCAUCAACAGCAGAGAAGAACAGGUCUUCAUUAACAUGUGGACAAAAGGUCAGGCGGUUUGGAUUGGUCUGAGUGACGGUGAAACAGAGGGGGUCUGGAAAUGGGUGGACGGAUCAGAACUGAUCACUGGGUUCUGGUAUCCUGGAGAACCCAACGGUUAUGGAUAUGAGGACUGUGGUUUAUACAUCUUUGGGUCUGAUCCUGUGAAUAACUGGGCUGAUUAUCCCUGUAAUAGCCAGUAUUUUUGGAUCUGUGAAAAGAGAAUAUAAAGAGUAGAUAUUGUGUGAGAAGUG